AUGAGAUAAGUAAUUUACGGAAUCUAGUGUGAUUACAGCACUCUUAAUUAUUUUUUAGCUGUGCAUGGAAAGAGUUUCGAGGAGUAAAUGUCCCCUGUAAUCCUCAAGCCCCCGCGGCUGCUGAUGUACAGACAGCAGUGUGGUGCUGACCUGACUGCUGGUGUGUGCCUGGGCUGUGGCUGGGAAUGGACCCAAAUUCAUCCUGGGAAUGUUGCAGGAUCCAUCUCUGGCUGGGGCUGUGACAGCUCCCAGGGCCAGCUGCGAAUGUGGCGAGAAAGCCAAAUUUUCUAAAAGGACCAGGCAGUGCAGAUCCAGGCUCCACAUCCAGCACAAUGCUUGGCCAAGCAGGUAGGCUGCUUUGGUGUCCUUAUGCAGCAACUAAAUCAUAUCUUGAUUUCGUAUCACAUUUCAAAAUGGCUCUUAACUACGCAUGCUUUAUGCUCAUCAGAGCUUUCAGUGGCCAAAUCUGAUAAAAGGAAAUUUCCUCUGGAGAUAAAAGUCCCUUGAGCUAACGAGUGAUACUGAAUAAUAGCAACCACAUGGAAUUAUUGCUUCAUUUGCAGUAGAAGUAACUCUGCAGGUGAACACUCAGCUGAAGUGUUUAAAUCAGCUCUGCUCAGAGCCAAGCACAGACUGGGUGGUGUUUUUAAAUAACUGCACUCAUAAGCACUGUGAAUGUUUGGUGUGUGUGUCCAGAACAGAGCAGCACUGGAACCAUCCAGCCGACGACUCCUGUAUUUUGGAAAAUGACCCCUGCCCUAAGAGCAGCGACCAAGCAUGGAGCUCGUCGGCUCGCCCUUGACGGCGACUCAUGCCCACCCGAGGUCGACCCCCACCAACUUUCUGCCUGCCAUCAGCACCAUGGCUUCGAGCUACAAGAACCGUUUUCCUUACUACCCCUUGCCUCAGAGCUUCAGCCUUCCCUGGGCACCCAGCGCCUACUAUAGGACGGCUGCCAUCAAUCCCACUUUGGCUCCCUUUUCUGGAAGCGCCCAGGGGCUCACCCCCAGCAAGACGCUGCCGUUCGUUUCCAACAGGACGUCCCUUUUCACCCGGUACACCCCCGAUGACUGGUACCGCUCCAACCUCACCAACUACAGGGAGUCGGAGACGUCCCGGCACAACUCGGAGAACCUCAGGGUCGACACCUCCCGCCUGAUUCAGGACAAGUACCAGCAGACGAAGAAAACGCAGACGGAGAGCACCAAAAACCUGGGAGAGCGUGUCAAUGACAUCGACUUUUGGAAGUCGGAGCUCUGCCAUGAGCUGGAUGAGAUGAUCGGGGAGACCAACGCACUCUCAGACAUGAAGAGGCGGCUGGAAAGAGCCCUGGCAGAGACCGAGGCUCCGCUCCAGGUCGCUCAGGAGUGCUUGCUCCACCGGGAGAAGAGGAUGGGCAUCGACCUGGUGCACGACAACGUGGAGAAAGAGCUCUUCACAGAGGUGGACGUCAUCAGGUCGUGCCAGGAGAGGAUGCAGCGCUUCCUGGACAGGGCGAAAGCCCAGCUCGCGUCCAACAGGGCGGCCCAGCACGAGGUGGAGAGGGACCUGGCCAACAAGCAGACAGCCUACCGCAUCGACGACAAGUGCCACCACCUGAGGAACACCUCCGAUGGCAUCAGCUACCACCGCGGGGUGGAGCGGGUCGAUGCCACCAUCUCGGUGCCGGAUUCCUGGGCCAAGUUUACAGACGACAACAUCCUGCGCUCCCAGAGCGAGCGGGCGGCCUCUGCCAAGCUGCGGGAUGAGAUCGAGAACCUGCUGGUGGUAACCGCCAACGAGAUGUGGAAUCAGUUCAACAGCGCGAACGUCGCCUUCACCAACCGCAUCGCCGAGACAGCCGACGCCAAGAGCAAGAUUCAGACCCACCUGGCCAAGACACUGCAGGAAAUCUUCCAGAUCGAGAUGAGCAUCGAAGCCAUCCGAAAAGCCAUUAGGGACAAAGUGCCUCCGCUAAAAGUCGCUCAGACCCGGCUGGACGAGCGCACGCGGAGGCCCCACGUGGAGCUGUGCCGGGACAGCGCCCAGCUGCGCCUCGUCAAUGAGGUCCACGAACUCGAUGAGACGAUCCAGAGCCUGCAGCAGCGCCUGAGGGAUGCCGAGGACACGCUGCAGACGUUGGUCCGGUCCAAGGCAGUCCUGGAGCACGACCUGGCUGUCAAAGCCAACUCUCUCUUCAUUGACCAGGAGAAGUGCAUGGGGAUGCGCAAGAGCUUCCCCUGCACGGCGCGGCUGGUGGGGUACGUCUAGGCUGGGCUCAGCCCCGCUCCCCCUGCCUGUUGUGGGAUGUCUUCUCAGUUCUGCUAGGAUACCUUGAAUAUCCACGGUCAGACUUCCCGAUGGAAGCCCUGAGUAGGAAUUAAACGCUCACUUUGUGUCUUA